AUAGUCGAUUGGAAACGUAAAUAUAUGUCCAUAGAAAAAGAUUCACUAAAAAACAAUUGUUUUAUAAAAUAUAACAAUAACACAAUAACCGAGCGAUUUUGAAAAUUAAUUUUAUAUUAUUCGACUCCCAUACUCAUCUUCUAAAAAGGCAAACAUGAUUAUCUGCGGAAAUAUUUAUUUAGAUGAAAUAAACAAAACAUUUGUAAUGCAAUGUGUAAUUUGCGAGAAGAAGUCGAAGGCAUAUACAGAAUUCACAAAACACAUCAAGAAAAAACAUAAAACAUUAGAUGCUGGCGACCAGCAUCAAGAGGAUUUAGUUACCACAACGCCCCCUCCACUGACACUUGUGCCUGUGAAACGGGAGGACGAUUUUGACCCGGAGGAGUAUGAAGAAGAAAAGCCUCUUAUACAAAUUAAACAUGAAAUGGAAAUGGAGAUAUUGGAGGACUUGAGUCAUGUUAAAUACGAUAUAAUUGAACCGGUAGAGACAGCAGCUGUUGAUCCAAUGGCUUUAGACGAAAAGGAAACGUUGGAUAUUGCCGAAAUUACGGACGAUUUUGACAUAAAAGAUGAAGAUUAUGUGCCAGACAAUGACUCCGAGGACGAUUGCGAAAAUUACGACGAAGUGCAAGAUGGUGCAAGUUCUGAGACAGAUGAAGAUGAAGAAAUGCCCGUUUCCGAUAAGUUCAAUCCAACAUUUUUUCGCAAAAAACGCUUUAUCAACGAUUUUCUGGAUUUAUACAAAAGUCAGCCUGUUUUAUGGGAUAUUAAAAAUCCCGACUUUGAAAAUCCUGCUGCCAGAAAGGAAGCGGAAAGGGCUAUGAUAAGAGGCAUGCAAAAGUUUAACAUUUAUAUGAAGUCAUCUACAUUAAAUCGUGCAUUAAACACUGUUCAUAAGUACUGUGCCAUUAUUAAGCACAAUUUAGAAACAGGAGGGCAGAAAAAAAUACCAGAUUUCACUAUGGGCUAUUACAGCAAAUGUGAAUUCCUCAAAGAUCUGAUAAUUAAAAAGAAUAUCUCUGGCGUUCAAGUCUCCAAUAAGACGAAACCACUUGAGUUCAAAGAGACGAACGAAACCACAACAGUAUUUAUUGAAAAUUAUGCAGCACUUCCAAUUCUUUAUGAUGGCGACAAUCCAUCCUACGGUGAUGUUGAUGGCAGGCAAAAGGCAUUAGAACAACUCUCCAACACCCUCAAGACUCAGCAUAAUUUAGAUUUUAAUGAAGAUGCUUUAACAACUAUCAUUGAACAGCUGCAGUCUUGGUACUACAACACUAAGCAACGUAAAGAAAAUAAGAAUAGCAAAAUAAGUAAAUGCGAAGAAAAAUACUAUAAGAGAUGUAAGGCGUUUUUGCCCGCUGAGCGGUUGCGGAAUCGUUUUAUCUGCAGCGUAUGCAAGAAAAAUUUCAACCUUCGUCACAAUUUGCAGUGUCAUCUAUACAAAAUUCAUCAAAUCGGAGAACUGCCGUUUCCAUGUGACCAAUGCGACCGGAAAUUUGAAUCGAAGUUCCAAAUGCAUGCUCAUGUACAGAGAAUACACGUUGGAAAAACAUACCCUUGUAAAUUCUGUGAUAAAAAAUUUGCGGUUCCAUCGGAACUAAGGAUACAUACAAGCAUUCAUUCGACCGAGAAACCACACACAUGCGAGUUAUGCGGCAAAUCAUUUAGACUGAAGGUACAACUUGGAUACCACGUUACGGCAAUUCACACAAAAAUUCGAGCUUUUAAAUGCAAUAUGUGUCCCAAAGAUUUCCUCAAGAAACGAGAUUUAACCGAUCAUAUAAAAUCACACCUAAAUAUCAGAGAUAAAAUUUGCGAGACAUGUGGAAAAGGAUUUUCCAACUGCCACUCCUUAAUACGACAUCGUCAAAUUCAUUCAGAAGUUAAGAAGUUUGCCUGUAAACUGUGCGACGCCAAGUUUCAUCAAUUUGUAGGGCUCAAUGGUCAUAUGAAACGAACACAUAAUAUUGUUAAGAAACCAGCAUAAGAAGUAUCUAAAAUAAAGAAUUGGGUAAAUAAAGAUAGAUUUUUCCAAAUA